UCUCUCUCUCUCUCUCUCUCUAUCUCUCUCCCAUCCAACAUCGCUAUAUAUAAACCUCAAUCCAUCUCUUCCGAGCAAGAUCCAAUCCAAGAAGAACAAGGCAAGGGAAAGGUAGAGAGAGAUCGGGCCAUGGCGUUUGGGUGGAGAGUUAGGGAGGGUGAUAGGACGGCGUUCAAGUGCUUGAUCGCGCUUGCUGCUGUCUAUGGAGUCAUCGCUUUUGGUGUCUAUGCGAUUCUCCACAUGUGGCAUGUCAAGCCACUCGCCCUUGAUGCCCCUCUUCAUCGCUUCUCUGAGGCCCGUGCUAUUGAGCAUUUAAAGAAGCUCACCGUUGAUAUCGAUGGUCGGCAGGAAGGGAAGCCUGGGUUGGAGGCGGCGGCGAAGUAUAUAAAAGAGCAGCUUGAGAUGAUAGCCGCGCGCGCUGGGCCGGAUUAUAGAAUGGAAAUAGAGGAAACACUUGUCAGUGGUUCAUUCAGCAUGAUUUUUUUGCGCCAUAGCUUAUCUCUAGGCUACCGAAAUCAUAAGAAUGUUGCUAUGAGGAUCUCAUCAAGGAAUUCUACAGAUGAUGAUCCAUCUGUUAUGGUGAAUGGUCACUUUGAUAGUCCGCCUGGUUCUCCUGGUGCAGCGGACUGUGGUUCCUGUGUUGCAUCAAUGCUCGAAACAGCACGGCAAAUAGUUGAUUCUGGCUGGGUCCCUCCGCGACCAAUAAUUUUUCUUUUCAAUGGUGCUGAGGAAGUUUUUCUUUUGGGAUCUCAUGGAUUUAUGAAGACAAACAAAUGGCGGGAUACAAUUGGAGCUUUUAUCAACAUUGAAGCAUCUGGAAGUGGUGGUCCUGAUCUGGUGUGCCAAUCUGGACCUGGGUCUUGGCCAUCAAAAAUAUAUGCUCAAUCUGCAAUUUAUCCCAUGGCAACCAGUUCGGCACAGGAUAUAUUUGGCAUCAUUCCUGGGGAUACAGAUUACCGGAUUUUUGCUAAAGAUAAUGGUGAUAUUCCAGGACUGGACAUUAUCUUUGUCCUUGGUGGUUAUUUCUAUCAUACCUCUUACGAUACAAUCGAAAGGCUAUUUCCCGGAAGUAUUCAAGCGCGUGGUGAAAAUCUUUUUAACUUGAUUGAAGCUUUUGCUAAUUCUCCACUACUACAAAAUGCUAAACAAAGGUCUGAUAUGGCUGCUAAAAAAGGAGGGGAGGGUGAACGUGCUGUCUACUCUGACUAUCUAUCGUUCUUUAUGAUAUACUACUCAAGAAGAGUAUCCUUGGUCCUCCACACUUUGCCAGUACUCAUUUUCUUUCUUAUGCCACUAAUUCUGUGUCUUCCUAAUGUUGCUCUGCACCACUACGUUGCAAUAUUUACUGACAUGCUGAAAGGAUUGCUAUUCCAUGUUAUUGGGGUUCUUCUUGCAGUUAUUGUUCCAGUUGUAUUUGCUGUCCUAAGAUUAUUUUUCUCAAAUUAUUCCAUGAGCUGGUUUGCUCAUCCAUAUUUGGCAUUCUUAAUGUUUGUCCCUAGUUCAUUAAUUGGUUUGUUGAUCCCCAAAACCAUUUGUGGAUUCUUUCCUACCUCUCAAGAUACUUCAAUGCGCAAAAUGCCAAAAGAAGCUCUUUCUGAAGCAGCACACUUUUGGGGGGCUUUUGGAUUUUACAGCUUUGUGACCAUGGCUUACCUACUUGCUGGCUUGGGUGGAGGAGGCUUAACUUAUUUGAUAUCAUUUUCUAUGGCUCUAUCAUGGUGCUCUUUUUUUCUUGUGAGAAAGCAUUUUGGCUAUCAAUCAUUCAAAUCAUUGACAGCAUACGUGGUCCCACUUAUUCCAUGUCUCACAUAUCUGAUCUACUUUGGUGGGUUUUUAGUCCAGUUCUUGAUAGAGAAGAUGGGUAUGAUGGGUUCUCUUCCCCCACCAUAUGGAUAUUUUAUCCCUGAUGUCAUAGUGGCUGCAACAGUCGGAGUUGUGACCGGUUGGUGUGUCGGUCCACUCAUGCCUAUAGCUGGUCGUUGGCUGGCCAGGUCCUCUGUUUUGCAAUUUCUGCUACAGUUUAGUGUGAUUGCUUUGGCUUUGUCCUCCCAGUUCUUCCCAUACUCUGAUGCUGCUCCUAAAAGGCUUGUUCUUCAACAUCAUUUUGUCACUGCAGGUGGGAGUAAAAUAGUGGAAUCGAGCUAUGAUUUCUCCGUACUUGAUUCCAAUUCAUUGUCCUUCGUUUUCAAGAACGCACCUGAAGCAGCAAAAAUGCUAAAUAUUGGUGCAGAUUUUUCAUUUGAAACAGCUAAUCGGUCUGACAGGAGUUCUUCGGUGGCAAUCUUCCCUGUAUCUUCUCUGUUCUCAGGAAGCUUGAGAUUCCCUGCUGAAGAUGUUGACAAUUUGAUGCAUUAUACACACAUGCCUCAUUUAUCAACACAGAAAACCAUUUCUACUCCCGAAACUGGUGCCCGGAGGGUGCACCUGGAACUUAGUCUAGGUUCAUUAAAGGAAGUGUGGGUUACUGUCCUCAACAUCACUGGUCCAUUGUCUGCUUGGUCCUUUGCCGAUGGUAGCAUUCCAGCUCCUCAUAUGGUGGUUGGUGGUCCACCAUCUUAUAUUUUAAGACUCAGUGGGAGUAGCCAUGAGAACUGGACCUUCUGGUUAGAGGCUAAUAGUUCUGAAGCUCUGAGAGUGGACCUUGCAGUAGUUGACCAGUAUUUAGUCGAUGAUACUAAGAAACUGAAAAACACUUUCCCCAGAUGGAUAGAUGUGACUGCCUUCUCUUCCUUUUUGACCACGUAUUACUUUUAAAUGCCUUCUAUCUUUGAUUUAUUGAUUAUUUUACAAUAGCCAAAAAAAAAAAAAAAUUAUGAUUGGUUGAUUGUCAAACUAUAAUGAUUUACAAACAGCAUUAAAGUUUACAUGAACCUCGGAAGACUCUUAUGGACGUUGGUCCUGAAUUUUGGCAUUAAAGUAGGCUUUGUAUCUUGUCAUUCUGAACACGUUGAUUGAUUUUAUGUGCAAUAUUUGUUCUUACGAGUGAUGUAUGCUUAUAUUGGUUAUAUCCCUUGGUAAAAGGUGUUGGUUAUGUUAA